AUGCACCCAUAUAAAAUCAAUUUCAUCCAACAUUUGCGUGCAGGAGAUUCAAUUCGUAGGUUAGAGUUUAUAGCUUGGUUCAAUGUUAAAUUAUUUGAUGACCCUUUAAUAGUCAAUCAUAUUCUUUGGAGUGAUGAAUCAAAAUUUACAAACAAUGGCAUUAUGAAUAAACAAAAUCAUCGACAUUGGGAUGACACAAACCCACACUGGUCACGUGAGGCUAAUUUCCAAAUGGUCUGGGGAAUAAAUGUAUGGUGUGGAUUAGUUGGUGGAAAGUUAAUAGGACCGUUCUUUUAUAAUGGAACGCUUAAUGGUAGACGAUACCUUAAUUUUUUAACCAACGAACUACCAAGACUUUUGGAUGAUAUUUCAUUAGACAUACGAGAACGAAUGUUUUUUCAGCAUGAUGGAGCACUAGCUCAUAAUGCAAUUACUGUUAGAAGAUAUUUAAAUUCAAUAUUUCCGAACCGCUGGAUUGAUCCACCUGUCAAUCUUCAGGACUUAAAAAACAAAAUACAGGCGGCAUGUGAUAUUUUAAGUGAGAACCAAAUCAAGGCGGCAACUUCAACUGAAUUUUUGAGGCGACUUGGAUCAUAUUUAGAGCAUAAUGGCGAAAACUGA